GUAAAGUUAAUUUUUUUUCAAAAAAAAAUACUGGAAUAUUAUUUUAAAAUAUAAAUUUCAAUAGUUUUGUUUCAAGCAUCCAAUUUAUGUAUCAAUGAGUACAUCAAAAGAUGAAUUGCUAGGAAUAAACUUUACAAAUAUUCAACAUUCAUCAUUUAAUGAUUAAAAUCAAGGAAAAAUGAAACAACAAUGUGAAACAUUGGAGAUGAAGAGAAGAACAACUAGACUAUUAAAGAUAAGAAAUCAUUCCCAUCACGUGUGAAGACUUUGUCAGGUUUCUCGGCCAUUAUGAACAUAAAAUUUGAUGGACUGAUGCUUGAGAGCUCAUCUUUGCACCUUUCUUCCAGCCCGGCUUGAUGUUUAUGAUUAAGAUAUCUUCUACCCGACAUUAUUUUUCUGACAAUAUCGUUAUGGAAGUAAGAAUCAGUAGGUGGAGCUCAUCAAAUUGGUAUCAAGUGCAUACACUUCUAGCAUAAAUACCAUUUUCAAUUAUGAAACAAAAUUAAUUUUCUUUAUGCAGAUCACUAAUGCAUUACAGAAACAAAAACAAACUGAUUAUAAUCCAAAUUUGUUUGGUCCAAGGUUGUUAAUGUAAAAUUCUAUGACCAAACCUAUCUAAAAGUAUGUUUGGGAUGCUGGGUUGUAUGAACUAGUGCAAAUUCAACUGAUUUAAUUUAUUUAUUCAAUAACUUUUAGGUAGUGUUUGGCAACUAGCAUUUCAUUUCAAUUCAUGCAUUUCAAAUCCAAAAUUUGAAAUGCUGAAUUUCAAAUGACAAGGGGAGGUGCAUGGAUUUUAAAUUAAGCUUGGUUUUGAAUGUAAAGAAUUUGAUUCAAAUCCAAAUUCAAAAUGCUUAAGUUUCCCAAACAUGGAAUUUAAGCCAAAUCCGGAUUUGAAAUCCAAAUCCAUGUUCCCAAACAUACCAUUAGGAAUUUUCCCAAAUUCCCCAGUUGUUUAAUGCAGUGCUAUAGAGUAAAGUAAAAGACAAAUUUGGUGAUUUUAUGGCUGGUACGGUGUUCUUCUUGGCCUAACCCUUGUUUUUCUCCCCCAUAACAAUAUCCAAGCAAUUCACAAACACAAUUGCAGUAAUAGUCCACAAGUACACAGCAAGAACAGCAAGAGUGAAAAACACAAACAACAACAAAUUUGAGGGUUUUCACCACACAAAAUGAGAAUCAAUAUGUAGAGAAACACUCUUGAAAGUCACCCAAGAUAUACACCAGAAAGAGGAAUAAACACCAAUAACCUGCGCUGGAUUGGUUUACUCACUCGCGUUGUCAACAGUGCUGCGAAUUCUAAUAUCAGCGAAUAAUCAGGAUUCUUUGUUUGGAAUGAUAUACAAAAUUUAGAAUCUAAAUAGGCUUAGCAGAUCGCUCAUAAUACCUCAAAAUUGGCCUUCAAUUCGGAAAAAAACAGAUGAAUUCGGACCUUCGAAGCAUGAAGAUGAAUAGUGAUUGCGUAGGAUUUCAAUCUGCAAUUGACCUUGAUUCAGCCCCAAAUCUUCUGCAGAAAUCUCAUAUUAUGAAAAUGCUUCUGAUUUCGCACUAAAAGAACAAAAAAUUAGCCAAAAUGAUCCACAAAUUCAAUUGGAAUCUCAAUUUGAAGGGGGCGCACAAACUUUUCUUCCAGCGUCGCACACCUAGAGAGAGAAAACCAUUCAUGAGAGCUCAGCAGAGAUGGUGUCGAUUAUCAAAGAUGGGGGAGAUGGCGUCGAUUACAGAAGAUUGGGAGGGGGAAGAUGGCGUUGAUUACUGGAGAUUGGGGAGAGAGGGCAUCGGUUACUGGAGAUGGCGGAGAGAUGGGGUCGGCUCUGCUUCUGAACGUAUUUAAUUUGAGACCUCUUCACCGAUUUGCAUCAGAAGAGAGUCUCAUUCAGCAGCUUAAGGCCGAAUUCUCCAUGACAGACAUGGGUGAUCUGCACUUCUUUCUUGGGAUCAAUGUCCAGCGCACAGCCACCGGCCUCUUCCUCCACCAGACUCAGUUCAUUCAUGAUAUUCUCGAGUGGGCAGGGAUGGUCUCUUGCCGCCCCAUCUCUACCCCGGUGGAUACGAAGGCAAAACUAUCUAGCACAGCUGGCUCAGCGCUACCCGAUCUGUCCUUUUACAGGGAGGACUUUGUGUGCCUACUACAGCGGGCCCGUCCAGGAACCCUCGGGAUCCAACGGGUUUUCAUCAAGUGGGCUUUGUGUACGUACAUGGUUGUCAGGCUACGGCUACCACCCGGUUUCGCUAGUUCACUUACGACGUUGUCGAGCCCGGGUCAUUACCGGAGUGCAGGGGUGAUCCUGUCAACUUUUGCUGAGCGUGUAGUUGUCUUUGCUACACGCAGAAUGAGCCAAGCAGCAGGCAACGAUAGACAGGUUGUCCCGCAUGGGGAGCCUGAGCACAUGAGUACUAUUAGUACCAGAAGCGUGUCAAGCGUUGACUCCAGUCGAACCUUCGUGCUCGGUAAGAGACGAAAGAACAAGAGGCAAAGUUACGAAUCAAAAGAGCGUUACCAACGUGCACACAGCAAGGCUCGGAUAGCAAAGCUAAGAAUAUGGAAGCGCCGAAAGGCAGCAUGGGAAAGAGAUGAUCAAGAGGAAACGUUCAGUGUGGACACUGCUAAUAGUAUCUGCGGCGCAGGUGGAGAAAAUCCUCCAGUGGACUCAGCCCGGCUAGAUGACUGGGAGUGGGUUGCUUCCUAACCGAUGAUAUAGUCGAAGGUGUAAUCAAUGCAACAUUUCGUCCCACCUAUCUAAACCAAAUACGUUCCUUGAAUGAAUUUGUCAAUUGGUC